AUGAAAAAUUGUUUGUGUCUUAGAAUGUCCAAAUAUUUAAGUUUCUACAAUUCAUAGUUAAAAGCUCCAAUAACAACAUCACAUAUCACUACAACUCAUAAUUCAUAACUUAAAUAUGUUUGUUUACAUUUUAUAAUCGUUGUUCUAAGUAUUUUAUUUUGCUAUUAACUCUAACUGGAUAACUUUUGCAAUCAAUAAUUUGGUAGAUAUUUUGUUUUGAUACAAUUAUUAAAUCAGCAUCUGAUUUUUUCACAAAAAUGUUAGCAUUAUUCUAGUUUAUUAUAGCAGGUUCUUUAUGUGUAUGAUAUUGAUAAUAAGUAAAAAGUGGAUAAAAACAUGUAUAACAUUUAAUUUAUCAUAGAAAAGAUGCUUCAUCUAUCAUAAUGGAUCAAUCAUUUUAGGAGCUCUACUAUUGGAUUUAGUUUCUAUAUUUAGAUCAUUCUUUGAAUAUCUCUAUGUAUAAUAUAUUCAUAAAAAAAAGAGGAAUGCUGAAUACAAAUAGUUUUAAUUAUGUUUCAAGUGUUAUGCGUAUUGCAUAGGUGUUUUGA